AUGGUACAUUCAAAACACUUUUCCGGUAUACGCCGCAUGUUUAAUAAGGACAAAAAUAAUAGUCACGCGACGAUUCCUAACUUCCUUGUGUGUGAGACGCUGGUUCAGAUCGAAAAUCAAACGCUUGCUGGCAGUAAUGGGGAUGGCAAGAGUACUCAUGAUCUGGUACACGAAUGCUCUAAAUUGAAAAACGUCAAUCUAGGCCAAGGCCGUGUAUCGAGUAACAAACUUGGAGAAGAGGUAAAACGUUCCCGUGUGAAAAACAUAUCAGCGCGACCUUCAGCGCGAUCAUCAGCGGUGGUUGAAUCUAACACAAUCCCAGGUGUGACUUCUUCAAAUAAUGUUCUAGUGUCCAAAACUUCCGCACGGAAGUCGGAUAUCGCAGAAAGUACAUGCACGAUACCACAAGCCGAGUUAAAGUCAUGCCUGAAGGUGUCUUCACAGCCCGUUCCUAUUAAGUCCACUAGCGUACAGGGGGUUCCGCCAAUUCGCAAUAACGAUGAACGAGCUACUGUGAACGAAGGGAAUGAAAAUGAAUUUUUGCCUGACUGGAGUAUUUCCUAUGUGCCUUUAGCAUCGCCAGCCCCACUUCACGUGCCAAAAAAAUCACCUGUCCCGUUGUUGCCCAACCAGUCACCCAUUCCAUCCCAGAAUCGUCUUGGUAAAUCGAACAGUGACAGUAUGAUACGAAGAGUCAGAGAGCCAGCAUCAUCUCAGCGAAAUGUCGUACUCAACAAUCGAACUCAACAAUCUGCUAAUACGACCAUGCGGUCGCCUGCUUUGCAUCCUUGUAAACUCGAACGGGGCUUAUUAGUUGCACACAACUCUGCGGCGGGUAGCCGCCAAGUUAAACGAACCGUCGAGGAGUCCACAUUCAAAACGCGUACAUCUGAACCCACAGCCGAUAUUCUAUCCCACAUAUGGAAGCGUAUAUGA